GCGGGUAUUUUCCCGAAUGGUCGAGUCUAGAAUUCCAUUGGAUUUUGGACAUACUGCUGUCCGAGAUCGCAUCCAGGGGCAUUUCUUCAGAGGCCUAUGGACUUGGUCUAUAUAUAGACCAAAGGAGGAAACACAUUCAGGUCAGUUCCGGGAACCCGGACACCUGUUGGGCCUACUUUCUUCCCACCGAUUGGCCGCAGGACACUCGUAGGCAGUUGUCUGCGAGAGCUUGACGUGAGAAGUUCUUGGUCAUGGAAAACGGAACAAUGGCCACCAUGUCUACGCCUGCCGUCGUCUCCUAUUCCGAUCCCGACUCCUCACCCGGUUCCGGUUUCUCGCUGAUUCUUUUGAGCAAAUCAAACCCAGUCUUUGGCUGCUAUAUGUUCUGGACCAGUCUCCUAGUUAUGAAGAUGCUGCUUAUGUCCCUGCUCACCGCACGACAGCGUAUGAAGACUAAGACGUUUGCCAAUCCUGAGGACGUGCGAGGAGGCCUGGAGGUGCGCUUCGGAGAUCCCAAUGUGGAGCGAGUGAGGCGGGCCCAUCGCAACGAUUUGGAGAACGUUUUGCCCUUCAUUCUGAUGUCGCUGGCAUAUGUGGCCACCGGACCGAAUCCCCUCACAGCCCGCCUGCUCAUCCGCAUCGGAGCCAGUGCCCGGCUGCUGCACACCGUUGUCUAUGCGGUCAUUCCGGUGCCUCAGCCGGCUCGUGGAUUGGCCUUUCUCACCACCUUUGCCAUUACCUUCUUCGAGGCUGGCUACGUAUUCGUCUGCUGUUUGAAAUACAUUUAGGGCAAGAAAGAACUACCGAAAUAGUUCCUUAUUUUCGCUGUUUCUUACACAAUUUAAGCUGAAAAUGGAAUACCCUUGGGCAAAAGUAGAUUAUAAUUAAAAAGAAUUUGCAUUGCAGUUAAAAAAUGCUAUACUU